GCCUCACCCGCCCCGUCGACUCGCCCUCCCGAGCAGCGGUGCACCGCUGCGGCGGAGUCCUUGACGGGGACGAGUAGCAGGGUAAACACGACAAAACACCGCAGCUUUUAUGAAGACAAGCAGAUUCUUGCCGGAAGGCGGCAACCAGACUGGCUGCAGCUGAGCCUUUCAGGCUGUGUUGAGAGGAAAAAAGAGAGGGAAACACAGAUCAAGAGAUCCAGCUGUAUAAGGAGAAAAGAGGGAGACGGCUGCUGACUCAAUGUCUUCGCCUUCAAAUAAAAGAUCUGGUUCUGGAACACGCAAAUUCAGCCUGCUGAAGGCCCUACAGCCUAAGCAUCGUUUGAAACAAAUGGUGUCGUCUCCCACUGCAUCCCCUGUUUUUGACUAUUGCAGGUUUAUAGAGCUAGACUACACACCCAUGGAGUCAGGCAUUAUGGUCUCUAUGAGACAGAGCAGAGGAUUUCUGACACCAAAGUCCCCGGAACACCACUGUCGACGGAGUCCAGCACCUGUCAGUAACCGUGAUCCAUAUGGAAAUGCCUCUCUCAGUAGCAGUAGCAAUUCAGGGUCAUGCAGGGGCAGUGAUGGAAGCCCAACCCAUAGGCGUAACUUAAAACACACCUCCUGCAAUGAUAACCAUGGUAUCCGGCCUCCUCCACCUGAGCAAUACCUUACACCUCUGCAGCAGAAAGAAGUGUGUAUAAGACACCUAAGAGCACGGCUUAAAGAGACCAUCGACAGACUGCAGGACAGAGACACUGAGAUCGAUGAGUUGCGUACUCAGUUGUCUCGUAUGCAAGAAGACUGGAUUGAGGAGGAGUGCCACCGUGUGGAGGCCCAGUUAGCUUUGAAAGAAGCUCGCAGGGAGAUCCAGCAGCUUAAACAGGUUGUCGAUGUUGUCCGAUCCAGUCUGGGAGACAAUGACAUAGGGGUGCAAAAGUGCUUCCAAGACAUCAACCUCCAGAACCACAAGCUGGAGACUUUAUUGCAGAACAUGGAGCUGGCUCAAACCGGGGCUGUCAAAGCAGUAGAAACCCCAGGAGGUGGAGGGUUGGUGGGGGCAGGGCUGGAGGUCAGCGAGGGUCUGGCGGAGUCAUCUGAUGGCUCUCCAGCUCGCUCGCUAACUCGCAGCUCUACCUACACCAAGCUGAGCGACCAGGGCGGUCCGGAAUGUGGCGGUAACGAAAAUGGUUGUGACGUUCCAUGUUUGUCAGGCGAGGGCACGCAAGACAGCGGGUUUGUUUGCAGUGGAGAAAGCGGAAGAGGAGCCAGCAAGGCAGACCUUCUUCUGGAAGCUGCGUUUCUGUCUCAAGAGACAGCCUUGCUGCUCAAUGCGUACUCUCGCCUGCCACACUCCUCCACCUAUGAGGGGCUCUGCAACAGCGAGCCCAGAGUAGUGCCACUCCGCUGUAGCGGGUUCGAGACGGGGUCCAGUGUGAGUCUUAGUAAUCCCUGUCUAUCGCACCAUCAUCUAUACCUGCACCACCUUCGGGAGCAAGCAAUUCAAACCGACUAUGACCAUGACCCAGCCUCGCCUCCUGCUCAUGGACCCAGUACAUCCUUUAACUCUGAUCUGGACACUAUUGCUGAGCGCACCUUCCGCUCUCAGGCCUGCAGCCCAACCUCUACCUGGAUGUCUGACGAAGGAGGUGACCUGGAAUCAGUUGCAAUGGAAUCCGCUGUUACAGCAACAGUUGCCACCACAGCAUCUAUCAUCAUGGAAUCUAUUUCCACUAAGUCUGCUCCGGUUGUUACAGUGCAGUCUUGGGGACCAUCUGCAUCUACUGCAAAAGGAUCUGUGUCUCUAGCACUGAACACCACUGAGACCUCUGUCAUGGAGUCUACUGUUUCAGAGUUCUCUCCAGUUUUACCAGUCGUCACAACUGCUCUGACCACAGAGACCACCGAAUCCCCAGUUACCAACUUGGUUUCACCUCAGCCUAGCAGAGACCCUUUGCUAAGUCCUGGCAAUUCCCCCUGCUCGGCACAGUCAUCGGUUGGGAAAGAAGAAGGGACCCUCCCACAAACAACUCAGCCUCGUAGUGCACUGUCAGAGGCUGGGGUUAUGGGGGAUCAUGUUAUAAAUAUAGGUGCAGAUGCUGAUGAUGAAAUCGAUGAGAUUGCUACAGACAAUGAGUCAAAAUCGUCUGGAUGUGGUUUACCUGCAAAGAACUACUGGAGCCGCCACUUCCUUGUGGAUUUGCUUGCAGUGGUUGUGCCAGUGGUCCCCACAGUUGCGUGGUUGUGUCGGGGCACACACCGUAACAGUCAGCCAAUGUACCAUAUUGGUUCUCUUAUGCGGGGUUGUUGCACUGUGGCCCUACAUUCUCUACGUCGAGGAGGAGGUCUUCGGCACUACCCCGCAGGAGGAGGGGGUCCGGGGGGAAUGAACAUAUGAGACCAGUUCUUCACCCUUGGGAAGCUUGGAAGGGUGGUUAAAACAUUUAAGAAUUGAGACCGAAUUAGUGCUCUCUGUUGGAGCUGUCCUCCUCUGUACACUUCUCUACAUAAGAGGAUGAAUGAGUAGCACACCAAAACUAAAAGUAUGACGCUCUUGUCGUUCUAGAACUUUCACCUCUUUUCCCACAACUGCUACCCUGAGUAAGGAGGAAAGUCUAUGUAUUCUGAAUGAUGGACUGACACAACAUGACAUUGACUCAGCUUUGUUAGUGACACUAGAUGAUCCCCUUUAAUAAGAUUGUAUUACCAUUAUUCUGUGUAAAGGGACACAAUAAGUGAUGGGAAGGAUCUGUCCUUUUGCUUGUCCCUCUCACUGUUACUGGGAAGGGUUUGUGUACUGUUUGUGUGUAUUAAUACAUCUAAGUGAGUGUUUGUGUUAUGUACAGUGCAGCCAAAGUACCUGGAUAACUAAUGGCCAUCAUUGUAGCUGUAUGUUAGUGAGAUGUAGUUAGAUGUCCCAUCACUUACGCCUGUGUGACUGCACUGUGUGACACUGUGCAGUUGUCUUUCUCCUUAGGAGCUAGGCAAGCACCUGCUAAGCAAUUUAUAUGCAUUGCAUAUACCACUAGUGUCCUAGAUAAACGCUGUCACAAAAUGAUAUAUAUUCCAUCUGGAGUCAUUAGAAAAUGUAUAUCUUAUUCUAGGCUGAAGUCAGUCAUUGGGAAAGUUUGAUGCUGGUUUAGAAAUGAUUCGUAAAACUGGAUGCUAAAUCGUUAUUUUAGAAAAGAUUUAAUAUUAACAGUAAGAUUGAUUCAGCAUUUAGACAAUGAUCAGGGUUAAAGGACUUUAAUAGUGUCAUGGAAGCUUUCUCACCAGAAAUGAUUAACAUUAUUUCCAUUGUUAAUGUGCUGAUUUUACCAUGGUUUGUGUUCAUGAUUUUCUAACCAUCUAGAAAUACAGUCUUAGCUCAAAAGUUUCAGUUUCGGUCAUAUAACGAAAACUGCAUUUAGCACAUUAGCUUGGUUUAGCAUUACAACUAGUGCUGUUUCUGAGCUAGUAAGUUACAUGAUACAAAACUGAGUAGGUUUAAAUUAAAAAUUCAAGUAAACAAAGGAUAUAAAGAGCAGAAAAUCACAACACAAACAUUACAAUACAUUUAUAAAAUAUAUUUUUUAAGGUUUUUCCAAACAUUUGGCCACAACUGUUUGUUCCCUGUGAUGUUUAUAAAUGUUGACCAUUUACUGUAUAUGUUGACUGACUAAGGGGAUGGGUGACAUUUACUGACUUGUUGAUUGCACUGUAAUUCACUUUAUAAGCAGUUACUUGAAGUAUACUUGAGAGUGUGUUUCUGUCUAUCCAAAAGCCAAUGCAUAUAUGUGGAUUUGUGGUUCAGGGUUAGGUUUCACCAUUUUGAAAGAAUCAUCAGCUGGAUACAUUUUGAUUUACAAAUUCACAUUGAUGUCCAUUCAUAAUGUGUAUAAAAUUGAUUCAGUGAGAGCUGAAUCAGCCAGAUGAACACUAAUUGUUUUGUGCUGGCAUGCACUUCCUGUAGUUAUUUAUGUUUCAUGCAUUGUCUUAUUUUCUGUCCCUCUAAACAAUUAAGAACAGCUGCUUUUCUACCUCCAUUUGGAGGGUAUGUAGUCUGCAUUUGAUGUUUUAAUGUUCUAAUAGUCUGCUGAUUUCUGUAGAGAAUUUGUGUGGUGUCUGCAGGGUUUUCUGGCAUCCGCUUUUUCCUUUAACUGCUUGACAGUCUUGAUUUGUGCUUUAUGCGGUUUCAAGCGCUUACAGAUGUAUUUAAUUUAUAGUCUAGUCCCUGCACUCUUCACCUCAUUCCAACUAAGCACUUAUUAAAGACAACUUUACAAUAGAUUACAAGAUAUGAAGGAACACAUGUUCCUUAUAUUUUUUACUUGUUUGUCGAGGCUAUGAAUGUGGAUAGUUUGUUCGGUCUCUUGGUUUAUCAGAAAAUAUCUCUUGAGAUUAAAUGAGAAUCAAGUGGUCUUUGAAAACUCUGGAGACAAAGCUACUCAGAGAGUAGGACGUUUGCUCCAAAUAAAAUCGCUAUUGUCCAUUUGUUCAAUGAAUUGUUCGUGAAUAACAUUAGCUAUUUGGCCAAAUGACAAAAGGUUUGUUGUUUUAAAGUUUUGAAUACAUGUUUAAGUGUCACAUAAGGCCUUGAUAAGAUUGUCUUGAAUUUAUUGAAGCCAUAUUAUAGGCAGAGUUGUAUAUGUUGGCCCUAAAUGCUGAUAAAUUUGAGUAAUAAUAUUUCUAUUUAAUGUUACAUACAGUUGUAUAGUAAUUUAAUUCAUGCAGCAGAGAGGGGAUCUGUGUGUGUACAGGUUUCACUUAAUUUGUGAGUGCCAAAUAUUUGAAAAUAUCCUCACUAAUAUUGAGAAACUUGUUGAAAAUCCACUAGUGAGGACAUUUUAGAUGGUCCUCACUAGUACAAAAAGGCUCAUAAAUCGGCCAAAUCAUGUUUAGCUUUAAAUCUACAGAUGUGCACAGGUUUCUGUGAGGGUUAGGUUUAGGGAAUAGAAAAAUAUCAUUAGCCUGCUAUGAAAUCAAUGGACAUCUAUGAGAUGUCCUCACUUGUAUAGUUAAACAAACCUGUCUGUGUGUGUGUGUGUGUGUGUGAGAGAGAGAGAGAUUUAAAAUAUGAAAUUCAUGACUGGACAUGGAUUAAUUUGUUUUCAUGAGUCACCUUGCUUUGGAUGUUACUUCUUUCCUUCGAUGAACAUUUUUAUCCACAGACUAUUUGGAUUUGAACACUAUAGAGCCUCAUCCUCCAUUAAAAAGUCUAUAGUUCCAAAUUCAUGCUUAUAUUUUCCCACUUGAUCGGGUUAGAGACUUUCUUAGCAUAUUUUUCAGGCUUAGGCAUUGACAGUUACAAGGUUCGUGUCAAUGAUCAACUGGGCUUAGCAUUAAUAUAGAGUGUUUUUUUGUUAUCACAAAAUGUGCCAUAAUAGAUGCAUUCUCACAUAGAUAUACAAUGAUGGAUCUCUUGUAGAAUUAUUACUCAAAUAACACUUUUAGGCUAAAAUUGCAAUGCUUAAAUGUUUUAGAUACAAGGAAUCAAGUUUUUCUUUACCAAUAUACAUAAAGACCACUUUUUUAACACUAUAUUCAUGCGAUUAUCAGCCAAUCGUUUGGCAGCAAUGCAAUGCAUAAAAUCAUGCAAAUACAGGUCAGGAGCUUUAGUUGCCACAUGACUGGCUAAUCACAUGAAUAAGUAGGUGUACAGGUGUUCCUAAUAAAGUGGUCAUGAAUGUAUAUCACAUCCAAAUAUGAUUUGAUUUUGUAUACAUCAGUACUGCUUAUGUUAUGUAUUCUGUUUAGGUUCCAGUUACUUAAUAUCAGGUAAAUGUUUAGCCUUAAAAGUCAACUUCAUAAUAGAAAUACUUUCAGGAAUCUAUGAAGCUAGCAAUUUGUUACAUACUGUAAAAGUGAGUUGCAUCAGUAGCUCUGUAUCUGUUUAGCAGGAUUGUAUGACUGUGCCUAGAGGAUUACAUCUUACAUGGGACAAUUUUUUUAUGCUGGUUUUGUUUGAUCUUUAAUUUCCAAAUAGCGAUUCCAAUUGUUUAAAUUUUUCAUCUGGCACUUUCAUUUUCUUUGUUAGUCACUAUCAACCCACUUUGUGAAACAAGUCUUGUAAGUCUGUAAAUGUAUCAUAGUGUCUAUUAAUAUUUUCAUGUAGAAUAAUAUUUUAAUGGUAAAAAUUAGUGUGUGCAGACAUCACAGCAACACAGCUCUUGACCCUCAUCGCUCUGUAAAAGUAUCUAAAUUAAACAGCAUGGUGAACAAAGA